AUGCGUUAUCUCUUUGGAAGGUUGUCAUCGGCUUUCUGUUCUGUUCCUGGUUGUCACAAUAUAUCUCCAUCAGGUAUCCUAACGGCUGUGAACUGCAUCAGCGUGCGAUGGACGAUGAGGAUACAGGACGUGUUCACCUCAUCCAAGUUACUGGCGCUGGUUGUCAUCAUUAUCUCUGGCAUCUACUACAUCUGCAUUGGUCAUACGGAAAACUUCGAAGGAGCUUUUGAAGGGGAAUACAGUGCCGGGAAUAUAGCCCUUGCCUUCUACUCUGGACUGUUCGCGUUCGGAGGCUGGAACUACCUCAACUUCGUCACUGAAGAACUACAAGAUCCGUACAAGAAUUUGCCCCGAGCGAUAUGGAUCGCCAUGCCGAUGGUGACUAUUAUCUACGUGAUGGCAAACUUGGCCUACUUUGCCGUCGUCACCAAACCUGAGAUGAUUGUGAACUCUGCAGUAGCUGCGGUGUUUGGCGACCGAUUAUUCGCUGGCUGGAGCUGGAUGAUCCCUGUAUUCGUAGCGCUAUCUACAUUCGGAGGAGUCAACGGUGUUUUGUUCACAUCAGCAAGACUGUUUGCGACCGGUGCACAAGAGGGACACAUGCCUGCUUUCUUCUCACUUUUCCACAUUGAAAAGCAGACGCCUAUACCUUCCCUUAUGUUCACUUGUUUCUUCUCUCUCCUGAUGUUGACGACGAGCAACGUGUUUGAUCUCAUCAACUACUUCUCGCAAACGUUGUGGUUGUCCGUGGGUGCUUCGGUCGUCGGAAUGCUGUGGCUGCGUCGCACCAAGCCAGACAUACCUCGGCCAAUCAAAGUUAAUAUCAUCAUUCCGUAUGUGUUCCUGAUCGCCAUUGGCUGCCUAGUCUUCAUCCCAGCUAUCACCAGGCCCAAAGACACAGCCAUUGGUAUCGCCAUCCUCCUCUCCGGGAUCCCUGUUUACUACCUCUGUGUCAAGUGGAAGAGUAAGCCUGACAUGUACAACUGUCUCUCCGGUUGUUUCCUAAGGUUCCUACAGAAACUUUGCUCAUGUAUUUACGUAGAAUCCAAUGAAAAGAUGUCGAAUUGAAACACUUGAAAGUACCAAUUUGGAUUUAGAUCGAAAUGUCAUAAUGUUGCGUUACAUUUUUGACGGAUGUAUCAAAUAAAUAAAUCAUGUUUAGAUAUUAAAAUGUAAAGGACCAAUCGUAUAGGUACCUAAUGUGUUGCAGCAUUGUUUCGAAAUAGUUCUUGUUUACGUGUUAGGUACUGUGAUAAAUUUUGUAUACGUUUGCGAGCGUAUCAUAAAUGGGUUUGUUAUACAAAAAUAUUUAUUAAAUCUUUGUAUACUUACCUGCUGUUGCUUAGCGCUUGUUUGCUGCUGUUGUCAGUAAAAUGAAUACUCGUUACGUUUAUACUGAUAAUAGAUUACUUGGUAACAAAUGGAAAGGGUAAGAAAGAAAUAUCGGAAUACACAUUCAUUAUUAUGAAUAUAAAACCAACUCAGUAUUCAUAAACGGUUGCCAUUAAAUAUGCUCUUCGCGUGAAUCUUAAUUUUACUCUAUUGUGUAGGUAGGUAAUUUUUAUAUAUUAUUUUCAAAUACAACGUUUUUUGUGGUGACAACAAAACGACAAAAAGGCACUCCCACCCUUAGUACACCGAAUUAGAAACUAAAUACCUGGCUAUCAUAAAUAAAGCUUUUUGUAUCUUUAUAAAAACAAUGUUACUCCUGUACUAAACUAUUUUAAAUAUAGGUAUUAUUUGUAACGGUAUGUCGUCGUUGCUCUCUGAACAUCUAACUACUCUAUUUAAACUCGUAGAUAUUAAGGGCCUAUUUAUAUAAUUUAAGAGGUCUAUUUCGUUAAGACACUAUGGUGGAUCGAUUAGGUUGGCCCUAACUAGAUAAAUGGAUUUUAAACGCUAUUUGGCAUAAAUUUUGAUAUAAUUUGUCGAAUGUCAUGGGUAAUCCCUUAUACGUAGGUAAUUUUCUAUUCUAUAUAAAUAUAAAAAUAAAAAAUUAUAUGUAUUCGGUUGUUUGACUAGCGUUUGAAUGCUAUUUGUCUAACUAAUUCGAAACCAACAAUCCCCAGUUGAGGUCAACUUAGUUGCACAAUCAACUGGUUGACGUCAAUCCUAUUGUUUGUUCUGCUGAGAUAUUAGAGUGGUGUGUCUGGUCCUCCGACCAUAGCGUCCUAAUGGAAGUAGGGCCCAUAAAGAUAAAGUACUGACAUUCCUACAAAGCACUGUUUUAUUAAACCUAAAGCUAAGGGCCUAAAGGCUAAAAUUGUUAAUUUUGCUACGUUUUUUUACAACUGUUUUGAUAUAAGUGUACCUUUUCAAACUUUUGUAGGCAGUAACAAUUUAUUUAUUUAAUUAUACAGUUUGUAUUUUUUUAUAUGACGUAUUUAUUGAUAUAGGUACUGGUGUUGUUUAUGUACGUCACCGGAGAGAAAUUUCCUAGUUAUUUAUCUUUGUUAUUUUCCGGUGGCAUAUUAUACAGGAACGGUAAACGGAACGCUCCCUAAACGCUAACAAAAGGAUAUUGUUUUUACGAUUUUAAUCGUUUUUAUUUUAGUUAAAAUCUGCUGGUUACUCACGUGAAUAUACUGAGAAAGUUCUACUAGUCGAACCACUGAGGGGUUCUCAACCACUGUCUGUGUCAGUGAGCUGCGCGACGUCGCCCGACCGCGCACGCUGCUCAUGAGGAAGAACCCUCUGUGGGUCGAAAUUUAA